UUCGCGCCCACCCUCUUCACAGCGGCGCUGGCUCGGGGCCGCCUUGAGUGUGAGGCCAUCACUCGGAUGGUGAGUGUUCGCUUGCUUGGUGUUGAAGGGGAGGCUGCGGAAUGGGAGGUAGCGACAGAUAGGCGUCAUAGUCCUAUUCUGAUCGAGCGGAAACGGUGAGGUGGGAAGAGUGUCCUCCCCAAAAAAAUAUUUUUGAAGGGACUGUGACACCAAAUAGUUUGUUUUAUUUUUGUGGAGAUUUAAUCUUGUCAAGAGAGGGAGAGAUUUUCUUUCCGGGGAGGACGGUUUAAAAAGCCAUCCACACAGGCGGGGGGCGGUGGUGGUAAAGGCGGGGGGGGGGAGAGAAGAAGCUGGGCUUUGGAUUGUAGACGGUGCUGGGGAUGGCAGGGUCCAGAGCUGGGAAUGGCGGCGGCCUCGUCAGCCACCGCUGAAAGGAAGCUUUCUCCGGGCGCCGCCGACGCACCGGGACCGGGAGACUGCAGCCGUCAGCCCACCGAAGGUGGUGGACAAGCUUUGGGGAGUUUGAGUAAAACCUGUAACACAGAUCUGGACGAAUCCAUUGGGAUAUAACUGUAUUUUCAUUGAAGUUGAAACAGUAAAAGUAGCUGGUCUUAACAGCCAGCAGUAGAUGUCGCCUGGUGAUCAUUCAUAAAGGUUCAUGGCGUAUUUCUACUUCGCUUUGGUUCCUGAUAGACUUUCACAAAUUUGGAGUAGACGCUGACAAGCGCUGGGAGUGAAGAUAUGUUCCGUAACAGCCUAAAGAUGCUCCUAAGCGGUGGGAAGUCGAACCGCAAGAAUCGGUCAAGUGAUGGUGGGAAUGAGGAACAAUCAGAACGGAGACAAACAGGCAUAGAUUCUCGGCAGAAUCGGUCUGGACAAGGUGUGUCCAAUACUGAGAACGACUGUGCUUUUGAGCCAGAUUACACUGUGCCGAACCUCCCAGUUUCUGAAGGAAUGCAGCACAUACGGAUAAUGGAAGGGAUGUCCCGCUCUCUCCCCUCCUCCCCUCUGCUCACACACCAAUCUAUUAGUGUCCGCCUUCAACCUGUAAAGAAAAUAACAGCCCCCCUGAGGAAGGCGAAGUUUGUGGAAAGCCCUCGAGUCCCAGAAUCGGAGCUCAGUUCCCCAACCAGAACCACAGCCACGAAGCCAGACUUGGAUGCUUUCUGCCCUGGUGACUCAGAACAGGAACUGGGACCUCCACCAUCUGUGGAUGAGGCUGCAAAUACACUCAUGACACGACUAGGCUUUCUACUAGGAGAUAAAGCUUCAGAGGUACAGCAAAGCGCAGAAUACAGCAUGGAAGAACAGGAUGAAAAUCAGAUGUCUACAGAAACUCAACGAAUCAGUCCCUGCUCUACCUUGACUAGCAGUACUGCAUCCCCACCUGCUAAUAGCCCCUGUUCUACCCUACCACCAGUCAGUACGUCUGCAGCUGUUAAAGAUUGUUCUUAUGGAACUGUCACUAGUCCAACCUCCACACUGGAAAGCAGGGACAGUGGUAUUAUUGCAACUUUGACAAGCUAUUCCGAAAAUGUAGAACGUGCUAAGUAUGGUGGGGAAAGUAGCAAAGAAUCAAGCUCCAGGACAAGUGCUAAACUAUGGCAUGCUCAAAAAUCUGCCUUGGAUUCCUGCCUAUAUCGAGUGGAUGAAAAUAUAUCUGGCUCCACGUUCAGCUUGAAUAAAUUCCCAGAAAGAAACUUGGAGACUGUCUCAUCUCAGUCUGUCCACUCCAUCCCCCUGUACCUCAUGCCUCGACCAAAUUCUGUUGCAGCUACAAGUUCUGCCCAUCUAGAAGAUCUAGCUUAUCUGGAUGAACAGCGACACACACCAUUGCGGACAUCUCUGAGAAUGCCCCGGCAGCAUGUGGCCGGGGGUCGCACCCCACAGGACAUUCGAGCCUCCACUAAUGCCCAUGCUUGGCACACUCAUUCACUACGUUUUGCACCAUACAGACCUCCAGAUAUUUCCUUGAAGCCACUUCUGUUUGAAGUACCCAGCAUCACCACUGACUCAGUGUUCAUUGGGCGGGACUGGCUCUUCCAUGAAAUAGAUACACAACUAAAAUGUGGUAAUCCCAGUGUGAACAGAGGAGUAGUGAUUAUAGCCAAUAUUGGAUUUGGGAAAACAGCCAUCAUCUCAAGACUGGUUGCACUCAGUUGUCACGGUUCUCGAAUGAGACAGAUUGCAUCUGACAGUCCACAUGCAUCACCAAAGCAUGCAGAAGGUAGCAGGGAUCUACCACUUACACAGCCACCUCAGGCACAUCCCUCUAUUGCCAGUGGGAGCUGCCCUAGCACACCUGAACUCCGCCGACGCCAGGAAGAAGCCAUGAAACGAUUGGCCACACAGGUGGUAGCUUAUCAUUAUUGCCAAGCAGACAAUGCCUACACCUGCUUAGUCCCAGAGUUUGUACAUAAUGUUGCAGCUCUGCUCUGUCGAUCACCCCAAUUGGUUGCGUAUAGGGAGCAGCUCCUUCGAGAACCACAUUUACAGAGUAUGCUCAGCUUACGCUCUUGUGUUCAAGACCCCAUGGCAUCAUUUAGAAGAGGAGUUCUUGAACCACUUGAUAACCUGCGCAAAGAGCGAAAAAUUGCAGAUGAAGACUAUAUCCUCUUAAUUGAUGGCCUGAAUGAAGCAGAGUUCCACAAACCAGAUUAUGGGGACACAAUUGUGUCCUUCCUCACUAAAAUGAUUGGAAAAUUUCCAUCAUGGCUGAAGUUAAUAGUGACAGUUCGAACAACACUUCAGGAGGUGGCCAAACUUCUUCCAUUUCACAAGAUAUAUCUGGACAAACUGGAUGUGAACGAGGCCAUAGACCAGGACUUGCAGGCCUAUAUCCUUCACCGAAUCCACAGUAGCCCUGAAAUCCAGAAUAACAUCUCCCUUAAUGGUAAAAUGGACAAUACAACCUUUGGCAAACUCAGUACUCAUCUCAAAGCUUUGAGCCAAGGGUCAUAUCUCUACCUAAAACUAACUUUUGACUUAAUUGAAAAAGGUUAUUUGGUGCUUAAGAGUUCAAGUUAUAAAGUAGUACCUGUUUCCCUCGCUGAGGUCUACCUCUUACAGUGCAACAUGAAAUUCCCUACACAAUCCUCAUUUGAGCGGGUGCUACCACUGUUGAAUGUGGCUGUGGCGUCCUUACAUCCUAUGACAGAUGAGCAGCUUUAUCAGGCAAUCAAUGCGGGAAAUAUUGACGGUAACCUUGAAUGGGAGGAUUUCCAACAGCGGAUGGACAAUCUUUCCAUGUUUCUGAUAAAACGUAGAGAUAUGACACGGAUGUUUGUUCAUCCAUCUUUUCGAGAAUGGCUGAUAUGGAGAGAAGAUGGAGAGAAGACCAAGUUUCUUUGUGAUCCCAGGAGUGGCCAUACAUUACUGGCAUUUUGGUUCUCACGUCAAGAAAACAAACUGAACCGCCAACAGACCAUUGAGCUGGGACACCACAUCCUUAAAGCUCACAUAUUCAAGGGUCUGAGCAAAAAAGUUGGUGUUUCCUCUUCAAUACUCCAAGGCUUGUGGAUAUCUUACAGCACAGAAGGGCUAUCCACUGCAUUAGCAUCUUUACGCAAUUUAUACACUCCAAACAUCAAGGUGAGCCGUUUACUGAUUUUGGGCGGUGCCAAUGUGAAUUACCGGACAGAGGUGUUGAACAAUGCCCCAAUAUUGUGCGUCCAGUCUCACCUUGGUAACUCAGACAUGGUUGCUCUUCUGCUAGAGUUUGGCGCGAAUGUGGAUGCCUGCUCAGAGAGUGGGCUGACUCCUUUGGGCUAUGCAGCAGCUUCUGGACACCUCACUGUUGUUCAUCUACUUUCCAAAAGACGAGCAAAGGUGGAUCACCUAGAUAAGAAUGGACAAUGUGCUCUGGUGCAUGCUGCACUACGGGGUCACUUGGAAGUAGUUAAAUUCCUAAUCCAGGCUGAUUGGACACUGGCAGGACAGCAGCAGGGAGUGUUUAAGAAGAGUCAUGCAGUUCAACAGGCACUGAUUGCUGCAGCAAGCAUGGGAUAUACUGAGAUUGUGUCAUAUCUCCUGGAUCUACCUGAAAAAGAUGAGGAAGAAGUGGAACGCGCACAGAUUAACAGUUUUGAUACUCUUUGGGGAGAAACAGCAUUGACUGCUGCCGCUGGACGAGGCAAGCUGGAAGUGUGCAGACUACUGUUGGAACAAGGAGCAGCAGUGUCACAGUCCAACCGACGGGGGAUUGUCCCACUAUUCAGUGCAGUAAGACAAGGACACUGGCAGAUCGUGGAUUUGCUGUUAACACAUGGUGCAGAUGCAAAUAUGGCAGACAAGCAGGGUAGAACGCCACUCAUGAUGGCAGCGUCGGAGGGGCAUCUGGAUACUGUGGAGUUCUUGCUUGCUCAAGGAGCAGCACUUUCACUAAUGGAUAAAGAGGGAUUAACUGCCCUCAGCUGGGCCUGUCUGAAGGGUCACUUGCCAGUGGUUCAGUCCCUAGUAGAAAGAGGUGCUGCUACAGACCACGCAGAUAAAAAUGGACGGACACCUCUGGAUCUUGCUGCAUUUUAUGGUGAUGCUGAUGUUGUGCAAUACCUUGUGGAUCAUGGAGCAAUGAUUGAACAUGUGGACUACAGUGGCAUGAGACCUUUGGACAGAGCAGUGGGGUGCCGCAAUACAGCUGUGGUGGUCACCCUCCUGAAGAAAGGAGCCAAGAUAGGUUGUCAAACACUCCCAAGUCGUCCUCGAGGUCCAGCGACGUGGGCAAUGGCCACCUCCAAACCAGACAUCAUGAUCAUCCUCCUGAGCAAGCUGAUGGAAGAAGGAGACAUGUUUUACAAGAAAGGAAAGGUAAAGGAAGCAGCUCAGCGAUACCAGUAUGCAUUGAAGAAAUUCCCACGAGAAGGGUUCGGAGAAGAUUUGAAGACUUUUCGGGAGCUGAAGGUGUCCCUCUUGCUGAACCUCUCACGAUGUCGGAGGAAAAUGAAUGACUUUGGGAUGGCGGAGGAGUUUGCAACCAAAGCCCUGGAGCUGAAACCUAAGGCAUAUGAGGCAUAUUACGCCAGAGCUAGAGCAAAGCGAAGCAGCAGACAAUUUCCAGCUGCUCUGGAAGAUUUGCAUGAAGCCGUAAAACUUUGUCCAAAUAACCGUGAAAUACAACGUUUGUUGAUACGAGUAGAAGAGGAGUUCAGACAAAUGCAGUAUGGUCAGCAAAUGCAGUACGCCCAACAACAACAACAGCAACAGACUCAGCGAGAAGAUGUAGACUCUAUGCAUGAAUUAUAUGAUGAAGAAUAUUUGGAGCAAGAGUUGGAUAAUGUCUCUGUUGGCCUACAGACAGAAGCAAGAUCUAGUCAAGGACUGCCAGUCAUCCAAAGUCCACCUUCUUCCCCAGCACACCGUGAGCCCAGCUACAGAUCCAGCUCGCCUCUCAACUCCCACCAGGUUUUUGACUACAGACCAACCACUUCAGUCUCCUCCCCAACACGACAGGUCUACCAAUCUACAUCACCAUCACUUUCACCUACUCACCAGAAUUCUCAUUAUCGGCCUAGCCCUCCGCCUACCUCCCCUGCUCAUCAAGGGUCUUCAUAUCGCUUUAGCCCCCCCCCAGUGGGUGGACAAAGCAAAGAAUAUCAGUCUAGUCCCCCUCCUUCACCAUUGCGUAGAGCCCCACAGUACAGAUCCAGCCCUCCUGCAGAUAGUAUGAGUAUAUAUAGGCCUCAGUCUGGCUCACCAGUUCGGUAUCAACAGGAACCCGCUAUAAGUCAGCUUCCAGGUAGGCCGAAGUCUCCUUUAUCCAAAAUGGCCCAAAGACCCUAUCAGUUAUCUCAACCACCAUCAGGUUUACCCCAACAAGGGCUUAGAUUACAGCCAGCCAAGGCCCAAAUUGUACGCACUAAUCAGCCGAGCUCUGCAGUACAUUCUAGUGCUGUUAUACUUGGUGGGUCCUAUAACCAGGGGCCCCACUCCAUGAGCACUAAGCAUCAAUCGUCUUCAGUUGAUAUGACUCCUACUCAAAGUCGCUUGGUUUACCAGCCUGUAAUGGGUGGAGCGGUGGCAGACAGUAGACCUGUGCAGCAUGUGCAAGCCAGUCUAAGCGCUGGUGCAAUAAGCAAUGUUUGCCAGCAUCCAGGAGCAGUAAUGACUAAAGAGGAUCACAACCAAAGACCCUCUUCUGCCUUUCGAGGAGGAAUGAGGUAUGGCCAAACCCCUCAAAUUGGUCGCAGUCAAUCUGCUUCAUAUUAUCCUGUUUCCCAUUCCAAGCAUGAAUUAGAAAGAUCUUCUGUUCCGUCCAGCCAGAUUGCAUCUCCAGAUGUAUCUCACAUGAUCAGGAGGGCACUCACUGUGAAUCCUCCAGAAAUUAAACCUCAUCCACCAACACCUCGACCAUUGCUCCAUUCUCAAAGCACUGGCCUUCGUUUCUCCCCCUCUAACAAUAGCCUUUCUUCUAGCUCCAAUAUUGUGUCUUCAUUCCGUCCUUCUGCAUCCAUCCAACAGAUGGAGAUUCCACUCAAGCCCACUUAUGAAAGCCGAUCUUGUGAAGAACAGUCUCCCAUCUCUCCAACACAGGGUUACCCUGGAGAUUCUGGUCGUUCCAGGACCACACCUUUCAUGGGGAUAAUAGAUAAAACAGCACGGACACAGCAAUAUACUCACAUGCACCAGCAGAGCCGGACGUGGGCUGUGUCAUCUGUUGACACUGUCAUCACCAGUCCCACCUCCUCUGGAGGAAUGUCUCCCCAGUCUGGUUCCUAUAGUCCACCCCUAGUCAGUAAUAUUGCUUUCUUCAAUAAAACUAACAAUGCCCAAAAUGGCCAUCUGAUAGACGACGAUAUAUGUGUCUCCCAUGGUAAGCUGACUAAUGGAUCCCGGGCAGAGAUUUUGGAGAGGGUUAGUCAGGCUCCCUCGUACCCAGAUGUGAAGGUGGCUAGAACAUUGCCUGUUGCCCAAGCAUACCAGGACAGUAUAUAUCGGCAGCUCUCCAGAGACUCGCGACAAGGGCAAACGUCACCUUUAAAACCAAAGAGACCAUUCGUAGAAUCAAAUGUAUAAAGGGAAUUCUCUAGAUUAUAAAUCCCAUAUUGUGAGCAGGUUUGCAAUUAAACCCCUUGCACAUGUAGCCACACAGUGCACUGUACAAUGAAGCUGCUUCCACUUACAUAUGAAAUAAGCCAGAAAAAAAACAUUAGUGGGUUCAGUUCCAUUCCGUUGCUUAAUUAUGAGUAGUUUCUAACUUUUCUAACUAUUGUAUAAAAGUUUAAAUGUCAAGAACGAGAAAGGUAAUACGAAUAUCAAGUAUGCGUGCUCAAGUGAUGAAUGUUUAGACUAAUGCAUCAGAUCAGUUUAUGCUUUUAUUUUACAUAGGAAGGUUAGCAUAAUUAUGACUAAUUUUAUUUUAGCUUUUUAAAGAAGUUUGACACACAAGUUACAAUAAGGUGCAGAUAAUGACAUUUAUUUUCAAAGAUACUGCUGUGAUUUGUACAGCUUGUAUUCAGUUUACUAUGAUUUUUAUGUAAUGGGUGCAUUACAUUGAACCUCAGACACCAAUCUGCAUUUUAUCUUGAAAUCAGUUCUCUGCACUAGCAUGGGAUCAGGACUAAUUUACCUUCAACGAUACACAGUGAGUGUUCGCUUCAGCUGCGAGGUUAUUCUGUUUAAUACUGUAAAUGUUGUAUGAAGUUUUGCUCUCUACUGAUCUGUAGUUGUUAAUAUUUAAGAGUAUUUUAAGUUAAGUCAACUUACAUCAGGUAAUUUUUUAAAACUUUAUUUUAAACCAGGUGCAACUAUUGUUAAAAUUAUGAAUAUAAGGGGACAUUCCCAAAGCAAAGAAUAUGGGAGUUAAUUUUCCAGUGGCAUUCUCCCACUCCUUAGGCUUAUCUUUAACAGAAGAGCCACAGAAACCCUGGAGAAAGGGAAAUGACACCUUUUCUUCUGGGUUUUUCAGUGCCAUCUCCCCAGAUGAGUGGGUGAACAUUACCAGACUGCUUUCCAUUUUUUAUUUCUGGCUUCUCCAUCUUGAAAAGAAGACCAGGCACUCAUACAGAAAUGUAUUUGUAAUUUUAAUGUCCACACUGGAGCAUUUUCACAAUUCACACCCUGCGUCUGCCAUUCAGCAACUGGAAACAUAAUUAAUUGCCUUAACAUUUCUAAUACACAAUAACUGUUCUAAAAAGUUGCAAAAAAACACUUCGAGAAAUGUUAUGUAGACCUUUGCAACUUGUAUUCCCGAUACAAGCAGUUCUUCCAAUUGUGUUCCUGUGCAACCCUGCACUAUUCAAAAAUCAUGCAAUACUAGCAACACUUAGUGUUGGCAAUCUAAUUGCAUUAUAGCCAACACAUACUUUAAAAGUUCAAGCUUUAGAAAUACCAUUCCCUAUUCACCUAAUCACGUUACAACCAAUUCACGUUAACAAAAGACGUGUAAUAGCAGAACUGCCUGAAUUGUGAAAUUUUGUUAGCAAAUGAUUUGAUGAUUUGAAAUGUGCUGACCUGAAAAGAAGAAACACGAUGCCUGUUAACACGACUGUCAUGUUGGUAACCUGUAUUAUUUUAAAAUUUGUUGGGCAGUAAUCCUCGGUCAGAUUUGAUUGCCCUGAUCAAUAAGCUGCCCAUUCAUUUUUGAAUCCUUCUUUUCCUCUAUUUGUUUCAGAAAUGCCACUUGCUUUAUAAGAUGUAGGGUCCCAACCUAGAAAUUUCACUUGCAAUAUCUGGUUAGAACAGAACAAACUCAAACAAAACUAGUUCUUCAAAUCUGUAAAUUUUAAUAGUGUAUUCAUGUCUUAAAGUAAGCUGGGUAAUUUUUUUCCAAUGAACAUUUCUAAAUUUGUUUUUAAAUUUAUUUUGCAUCAUGUUUUUCAGUUAUCUCCUUACUCCUGCUCGUUUUUACAUCCUUCAUUUUAAGGUGGUCUUGAUUUGAAAACUGAACCACAGUUGCUGUGGAAUGAAGUUCAUGCCUUUCUUUCUUGAUUCUCCAGAUCUUGCCAAUGUGAAAUGUUUCACUUCUGCUUGUCACAACUCUUCUCUACCUAAUGAAUAUCAGGAAUUCACCUCCACAAAACAUCAUUUUCUCUCCCUUUAUUACUCGUACCUUUUAUUCACUUCCUUCCAUUUCUCAGUUUCCUUUCUGAUUGUAUGAGUUAUUCUAUUGCUGAUUUUGUGAUGUUAUGUCUAUUUCACUGCCAUGUAAUUCCAUUCAUAUUUGGAAAUGUCCCCUAAAUGCACUUCAUAUUAACAAAGUUAUAUGAAGUCAUUUUAGCAUUUGCACAAGGAUAGGCAAAAAAGAAACAUAUUUAACCACAAUGUGCAGUUCCUUAAGUACAACAGCACAUUAUUUCACAGAAUUCUUACACUGAAAGUUUGUCAUCUGCAUUUCCUGUACAUGAGUGCACUUUAUCGUUAACCUUUAUAUAGUGGAAUGAUAAUCGUGACUAGUGUUCUCAUUAGGAGAUAAACAGUUGUAACUCUUGGUGUAUUUCACAGAAAAAGAAAAAGCAAAAUAUUAAAUUUGUAGCACAAACGAUUUGCUGUAAAUAAAUGUCACCGUGUCAGGCACUAAUCCAGUAUUCCUCAAAUGCUCUUCCUUGGAAAUUCCAACAGCACACAACUUAACUCUCACUUUCACCAUGUAUAUAUUGUGGAUAAGAUUGAAAUGGUACACGUUAUCUGAAUACACACAAAAAUCAGUCUUUUGCCACAUGCCUAUAAUAUUUUUGUAAUACAGAAUCCAAUAGUAGAAACCCACCAUUAUAUUGAUAAAAGAUGGCGUGUAAAGUAUGCUGACUAUCUUAUUUACAAAUCUAGAUUAGGACAGCACAGCUAAACGUUAAGAAUGAGUAUUUGGAUUUGCUGUCUGCUGCUUUCGUUGAACUCUAGACAAAAGAAAGUGGAUUUGCAGGGGUUAGUGAGGAGAAAUAUGAAGAGACGAGCCUCAUAAAGCUGCUAGGGAGAUAGAUGUUACAGAUGCAAAGACUCCAUGAGCCACAUGGAGCAGAGCAUAAGCAUAUGCAGAUCCACAUGAAGUAUCAAAGCAAUUGACAGCACCACAGGCCAGAGAUCCUUUUGCAAAGCUACCACUGUGGUAAUGCAGAAAAAAACAUGGAAAAUAGUUGUAUUGUUUUUCUUGACUCUAUAUGACAAAAUUCACAAUUAACAGCACAGUUUGGUUUGUAUCCUAAAUUAAUCACAAUUCGACUAACUAAUACCUAAUUUGGAGUUAAGUUGUGUUGGCUGAAUGUUUCCUCCAGCAUACAGCUUUUAAAAUACCAGGAACUUGCUAACUUACCCAGUAUCACUGUAAUUCUCUACAAUUGAUGUCAGUAUCUAGCUAGCUCAACACUGACCAGUUAAAACCUACAUACUUUUGUUAUGAAGGCACACAUUUACACGUUACUGGGUCUUGCAGUUUGUGAUGAAGAAAUGGCUAUUACUUUUGUUAACCCAACUUGUGGUCAGUAUGAAUUAUGCACUCCUAAUGCUAAUGAAGCAGUGGGAAUUGCCCCUCAACAGGGUAACAGAAAGACCAUUUUAUAAGUGUGAAUGAAUUUACUUUCUAGCGUGUUUACAGAACACUGAAUUGCUGUUAUAUAUUGCUAUAAUUUACGACAAUUGGCAGUUACAGGUCCUGAUAUAAAGAGAACAGUCACCCUCAGCAACAAAUAUCCUUCCAAUUACACUAAUGAAGUUCUGAAGCUCCCUCUUUAACCGAAAGAAAUUGAGGCAUUAAUGCUCUAACUUCUUGGUUUCUAAGAUGCAAGUACACACAAAGUAAAUUCAGUGUACUUACCAUGCCGUUAUUGGUUUUUAAAUAAAAUGGAAACCUAAUCCAUAUUAAUGGAAGUCCAACAACUUUUAUCUUAGCACAAAAAAAAGGCUGGGGGACCAUCAAGGAGGGAGUUAUAAAAUCAAGUUUGUAUAGACGAACAAUGUGUCUUAAAAUAUAUCAACAAAUCACCAUGGAGAAACUGGUUAAACCUUGUAAUAUGCAGUGUUGGUAAGCUACUUAAAGCAUUCAGGAAUUUACUAUUACAAAAGUGCCAUGAUUUGAAAUGUAAUUUAGUAAAUACAUAUCUGCAAAUAUCUUACGGAUCAUCAGUUGCUUCCCUCUCAUCAUUCCAAAGUUCAGUAUUUGAACUGGCUUAUUUUCCCACAUUCAUCGUAGAGUUAAGGGAGGAAAUUAAAUAUUGGGGCAAGGUGCAAUACAUAGUCCAUGGACAUCAAUUAUUAGAUCUUUACCAGAAUUAUGACAAGCUCUAUGAAGUUUCAUAAAGUUGUUUAUUGAAAUGUACAUGUACACCUUCAUUCUGAUUUUAAAUAUAGUUAUGUAUAUUUGCAGUUAAGAUUAUCAAACUUUUAAUGGUAAUUAAACACUCCGGGUAGAUAGCACACUUUCAGAUCUAAAACAAUCUGGUAUUUAAGUCUAAUUUGGAUUCAAUCAAAACAGAAUACAAUAUGUUGUAUGAAUUAAUUUUCCUUCUUACUGAGGAGUGCAAUCUUUUUUUAGUAAAUAGAUACAGAAACAGCUGCGGCAGGGAUGCAUGUAGGUACUUUUUUCUCCCCUUGAAAAUGAUUGAACAGAAUACCAAACAUUUGAAUGUAAUUACAGAAAAUUAAAUUGUACAAUGUCAUUUCUGUGUGGAUUCAUGGAUUCUUUUAUUUUCUCUGUAAUGUUAAUAAUGCUCAAAGAAGGCAUCUGUACGCAGUGAGAUACCAGCUGGAGAACUGUAUAAAAGGUUUUCUGUUGUGUCUCUGUCUUUCUACUCAUCUCUCUCUGUCUCUCCUUCCCCCCUCCAACUUUUGAUGUAAAGAUUUUUUCUCUGUAUAUUAUAAACUGCAUGUUUUGUUCCAAUUACUUAAUAAUAAUUACAGAAGGUUGUGAUAUUGUAUCCAGGUCGCUCUGGGUUGCGACCCUUCCAUAUUUUGGAUGGAGAUUUCUCUUUGCUGUAUUGCUUGCUGAGCAGAGUAAUAUUGUCUGUACAUGUGGGCUGUGAGUUAGUGCAAAACAAAACAAAAAAAUAAAUGAAUGCUUCUGUUUUUAUUUUUGAUUUACAGAUUGUGAUCUGCACAAUUUACUGUAUGAAAAUACUGUACCUAUUUAUAAAUGGUUAACAUUUCAAAUUAAAUGAAACACAACUGCCUAACUUUCA